GACUUGCAGCAGCAGCAGCAGCAGCAGCGCAGAGAGUCACAGGGACUCACUCACGCAGCAUCAGGGGCGUCUUCAUCUGGAGAGAAAAGAAAUAUCACAACUCCAGGAAAAAAAAAGAGACACAUCGACGCAGUGGUGGGAAACCCACGCAGGACUUGCUCCUCUGCUGUACGGACCUAAAAUGAAUGGGAUAACUGUGCGUUUACUGGAUUUGGAGUCUUGUAUUAAACCGCUACGACUUUGACGCCGGAGCCGCAGCAGCAGCAGCAGCAGCAGCAGAGUCUCCAGGAGUUUUCUGUUGGAGGAAUUUCAGGCUCCACGGAUCAAACUUGAGCAGGACAUUCAGGAACCAGUCAGGGAUUAAGCUAAAACAAAUAAUCUACCUACACUGCUCUCACUGGAGGUGGAAACACGCUAGAGCAACACCACCACCAUGGAUGACGAACAGUGCUACUACAAUGAGACCAUCGCCUUCUUCUACAACCGCAGCGGCAAGUACCUCGCUACAGACUGGAAUACUGUCAGCAGGCUGGUGAUGGGCCUGGGCAUCACCGUGUGCAUCUUCAUCAUGCUCGCCAACCUUCUGGUGAUGAUCGCCAUCUACGUCAACAGGAGGUUCCACUUCCCCAUCUACUACCUGAUGGCCAACCUGGCAGCUGCUGACUUCUUUGCUGGACUGGCCUACUUCUACUUGAUGUUCAACACCGGGCCAAACACGCGGCGUCUGACUGUUUCCACGUGGCUGUUGCGCCAGGGCCUGAUCGACACCAGCCUGACGGCAUCCGUGGCCAACCUCCUCGCCAUCGCCAUCGAGCGCCACAUCACUGUGUUCCGCAUGCAGCUACACACACGCAUGAGCAACCGGCGCGUGGUUGUGGUGAUCGUUAUAAUCUGGACCAUGUCCAUAGUCAUGGGUGCCAUCCCCAGUGUGGGCUGGAACUGUAUCUGCAGUCUAAGGUCUUGCUCCAACAUGGCGCCACUGUACAGCAACUCAUACCUGGUCUUCUGGGCAGUGUUUAACUUGGUGACUUUUGUUGUCAUGGUGACGCUGUAUGCGCACAUCUUUGUGUAUGUGCGGCAGAGGACCAUGAGGAUGUCGCGGCACAGCUCUGGACCUCGACGCAACCGAGAUACAAUGAUGUCUCUGCUGAAAACCGUGGUGAUUGUUUUGGGCGCGUUCAUCAUCUGCUGGACGCCCGGCCUGGUCAUCCUCCUCCUUGACGUCUUCUGCGCCAACUGUAACGUCCUCACCUACGAGAAGUUCUUCCUCCUCCUCGCCGAGUUCAACUCGGCCAUGAACCCCAUCAUCUACUCCUACCGAGACAAGGAGAUGAGCGCCACCUUCCGGCAGAUCCUGUGCUGCCAGCGGCAGGAGAACGUCAACGGCACGGCGGCGGAGGGGUCCGACCGGUCGGCGUCGUCCAUCAACCACACGGUGCUGAGCGGCAGUGGCACGCAGCACCACCACCACCACCACCAUCACAACGAACACUCGGUAGUAUAAAGCAGAGCUGGACGUCAUGGGGGUUAAUCCGACUGCUUACAGGGGGUUAAUCUUUCGUGGAAACAGUGACUGGUAAUCGGAGGUAUUGAAGGUCAAGAGGGAACUACAGAGGUGAUAAAAGUCGGAAUGAAGGAGCGGUAUAGAUGAAGUUUGA